UGUCAGCAAGCCUCAACACCAAGCCGCGCUGGAUGUCCGCCGCCUCCGUCUGGGAUGUACACUUUAAUCUGAAAAGACGAGACACUUCGGAGGUGCGUCUACCUGCUUACGCUGAGCCGCUGCCUUUGGAUAUCGCUGCCACCCAUAACGCAUCCGCACACUUUUAAUCUCGUGGUUUUCUUGUGAAGUGGCGUGUGCCUGGUGUAUAAUAAACAGUGCGCUUGUGGAAAGGCGCACCACAAAACUUUUUCCCCCCAUUCCUUUUUUUUUUUUUUUUUCUUUUUCUUUUUCUUUUUUGGUAAAGAAGAACUUCGCAACUUUGGAGAUACGUUCAAUAGACAUAGCAGCGGUUUCAUGUGGCUUCUAAUUUGACAGAAGGGAGACAUUUCUUUGGAAAUUUCACAGAGGGCAUUCACUUUUGAAAUAUGUUCAGCAAGUGCUCGGUGGCGUUGUUGAAUUUCUUCAUCCUGGUGCGAGCGCUUUCGGCUCACGAGUGUACGCCGUGUGAUCUCCGGACGUGUUCCGUGAAAGCCCCGCAUGGCUGCGAGGGUGGCCGGACCUUGGCCAGGGACCCAUGCGGAUGCUGUGACCAGUGUACGCGACUGGAGUGGGAGCCCUGCGGCGGCCAGGACUGGGCGCACGGCUACUGCGCUCUGGGGCUGACCUGCGCCUCUGUCAACAAAACCGGAGCUGCGACAAUCCCUGAAAUUGGAGUUUGUAAAGAGCUUCCCGACCAUCCCGAGGCAGGUCUGGAGGACGAGCGCUGCCCCCUGAUGACAGGCUGUGACAGAGCCGGGGGUCAGUGUGUGUGUGACGCCCGCCACUCCUGCUUGGGCUCGUUCACCUACCCAGACCAAGAGAGCUGCAUGAAGGCCAGCAAGGCAGAGAGUCGGAGGCACGAUCACCGGGACAGGCACAGGGAGAAGUUUGUGGGACCGUCCAACCCAGCCUGCAUGUUCUCUGGGUGUAACCUGACCGCUGAGGGCUGUGUGUGUGAGUCUCAGAGCUGCCACCACCACUUCUCCUACAUCAACCGCAGCCAGUGCCAGGAGGCCGCAGAGGAGCUGAGGUGUGCCGGGGUGACGUGUCCUGUUUUGCCGGUACCCUCCUGCCCCAAGGGCUCAGUCCUGACGAAGAGCUACACCCCCCCUGCUGGCUGUUGCCCCUCUAUACCACCACAGUGCACUUGUGACCUCCGUGGUUGCCACAAGCCCCAGUGUCCCAGCGGACAGCGUGCCGUGCCACUCAGCCAGGCCACCGGGCGGCCAGGAGACUGCUGUGAUGUUUUCGAGUGCCAGAGAGUCUCUCCCAAGUGCGUUCACAAUGGGAAGGAGUUUUCGGAGGGGGAGGUGUACCGCAUGGACCCCUGCUGGCUGUGUCAGUGCCGGGGAGGAAUCUCCUUCUGCUCUAAGGCUGAGUGCGCCGAGCUGGACUGUGAAAACUUCUACAUCCCUGAGGGCGAGUGCUGCCCUGUCUGCAUAGAUGUGGAGCUGCUGUCGAUGGACAGCACGAAGGCCAGCUGCUGGGUGAACAACAAGCUGCGAGGCCACGAGGAGCAGUGGAAGGAGGACGACUGCACCUUCUGCCAGUGUGUCGAUGGAGAGCCCCACUGCACGGCCAUGGCCUGCAAACAGAGCUGCCAGAAUCCUGUCAAGAUCCCCGGAGAGUGCUGUCCCUUCUGCGAAGAGCCCUCAUAUGAGACCGUGAGCCCAAUGCUGUGUCCCCCCCUGGAGAACUGCUCGCUGUCAGUGAGCGACUGUCCCUACGGCUUCCAGCAUGACAAGAACGGAUGUCUGCUCUGCCAUUGUCUCAGCAAUGACUCCUGCCCUGACCUGGAGAAAUACUGCACCCUGCAAUGCCCAAUGGGAUAUGAGAAGGAUGAUUUUGGCUGCGAGGUGUGCGAGUGCAGCAUCCCCACGCCCAAGUGCCGACCUCUGACCUGUACUAAGACCUGCCCCUACGGAUACGUGAGGAACAAGCAUGGCUGUGAGAUGUGCCGCUGUGUCAAAUGUCCCCCCUUCACCUGCGAUAAGCACUGCAGUGACGGCUACCGACAGAACAGGAAGGGCUGCUCCAUCUGCAUGUGUAAAGAGAGCGAGCACGUCCCGAGCACCACCGCCCCCGCCCCGAUGCCCAGCUAUUGUCUCACCUCCAAUGGGCACCGCUAUGAGGAGGGCGAGAGCUGGCACGACGGCUGCCGCGACUGCUUCUGCCACUCCGGACGGGAGAUGUGUGUGCUCAUAUCUUGCCCCGUGCCCAGCUGUCCUCAGCCAGUUGUCAGGCCCGACCAGUGCUGCCCUACGUGUGAGGAUGAGUCAGGCAGCGGUCAGCCAGAAGGGAUGGACAUGGUGGUGUGCAGGGCGCCCGGGGGCGAGCUCUACGUGGAGGGCGAGACCUGGAACCUGGACGAGUGCACACGCUGCACCUGCAGGAAGGGACGUGUCCUGUGCGACACAGAAGUGUGUCCCCCAGCUCUGUGCCAGUCGCCAACCAGGAGCAAGGACACCUGUUGCCACGUCUGCCCAGAGGACAAGCUGAGCCCCUUGUUGCCAGUGAACAACAGCCAGCAGGAGUACUGUAUAACCAGCGAUGGAGACGUGCUGCUGGCAGGAGACUCCUGGAAAGCCAACGCCUGCACCAGCUGCACCUGCAACAACGGCACCAUUCAGUGUUUCUCUCAGCGCUGCCCGGCGGCCAACUGCAGGCUGCCUGUCCUACGCAAGGGCCAGUGCUGCCCACACUGUCUCGAGAUGACGACGACAUCAGUGCCGAUCAUGGUGUCUACCAAAGCCCCCAAGACAAGUGCCUCUACCACAGUGGACAGUGUCAUGUGGAUCACCACUGUCACUGUGCCACCUAUCACUGCUGCUACAGAUGUACCAGGCUUGGGUGACAACUACCCCAGCCAAACAGAGAUGGCUCUCAUCUACCAAUCAGCAGCCUGGAUACUGGCAGGUCUCCUCCUGGCCAUCAUCAUCUUCCUCACUGUUGCGCUACUAAUCAAUAAGAAGAAGAAGUGGGUGCAGAUGUCCUGCUAUAGUGCCCCCAAGAAGACGGUGAUUCUGAAGAAACAUGUUAACAAGAACUCUGUGGUCUACAUGGAACCAUCCAAGGAGAACAAGUUUCAGAACGUGAAGAACGACUGCGGCAUCAUCAACUUCUCUCCCGAGAUGAGUUCUCCCUGCGGGGAGAGGAUGACCAUCCCCAGGGCCAAACUGAGCAUGGGCAAUGACAGGACGCCGCGCUAAAGCCCCCAUGUACUCUGUGGACCAGAGCUGCCCAGCGCUUUCCACUCUCUCUUACUGCUGUAUCCGAGGUGAUUUAUUUAACAAUGCGCUGCGGCUGGCUACACACACCUGGAACGCCGCCUCUUUCCCAUCCUUCCUUCUGUGACAGUAAAAGUAAGGGGCCCAGGCGACAGACAAAACAAGUGACCUCUAGUCCUUUUACCAUGUGUCCGUUUUAUUCUGUGUUUGGACCAUUACCAUGGCCACUGAGAAGCUGGGAGAUGAGGAGGGUGGUGGCAAGUGAAUGGAUGGAGGAAGGACACAGCCACUCUGGGCUCUGCUUUACCACAGAGAAAGAGGCAGCCAGAGGGGAAACUCUGGCAGUCAGCCUUUGACUGUGAACAUUAUAUCAUUGCUUAUUAUUGUAAUGCCUCCUCGGAAAUUGAGCUGAUAAGAGGAACAUAAAAAGCUUUAGGACAGGGGGUUUGGGUUGUAGCUCCGCGGGGCGUCGAAGCUGCUGGCUCUGAGAGCAGCAGUGCUUUAUGGAUGCGGUCCUUAAGAAAGGAGACCAAAGGAACUGAUACUCUACUUGGAUCAAAAUGGGCUGGACGGGAGGCAUAACAGGCCAAGUCACCAGUUAUCAUAAGAAGUCAGCAGACUUUAGUGACCCACAGACCCAAUCCCCUGCUUUAGAACGUGUGGUUUCCAUCUUAGCUUUUUUAUAUAUAUAUUUCUACAGUAUUUGUACUAGUUGUAGCGUUAUUUUUGGCCACCUCUUGUUUAUAUUAUGGGUGUCUCCAUGGUGGUCAGAUUGAAACAUUUUGGAAAUGCCAGUCUAAAACAUUCCCCCAUCAAGUCCAGGAAGUGCACACUUCCCAUACACUCGACUGGUUUCUACCUUCACACGACCCAAGUCAUUCCAUUCAGAAAACUCAACCAACAAACCACAGCUCCAAGAUGAAAUAUGUGAAUUGUUCUCAGACUCUGUAAACCUGUCUGUAACACAGUAGCCAACAGCCGUCAUCCUUCCACCCAACCUCGUCCAACCUUGGCUCCUCCAGAUGGAAUCAGUCCGUUGGUCAUACUUCAUCUCAAAAUGGCAGACUUGAAGUUGAAGUGAAGUGAUAUUCAUCCAGAGAGAAUGUUAUUUUAUAGCCUGCGGAGAAGACAAAAUGGUGCCAGAUUGUUCAUCUGGACCUGUAAGGAAUGUCUUUGAUAACAAGCCUCAUUUCUUAACUUUAUUUACAGCCGUGUGGGGAGCUCCUGUUCCCACAGAAUGUUAGCAGUGGUUAGUAAGCAUCCUUUUGUAAGCCUUAAUUUCAUAGCCUUAAUGUAUUUUUUGUUUGGCAUCUUGUUUUUCAUUUAAUGAUCUUUAUGCUAGCCCAUAUCAAUCUAAGGGAAAAAAAAAAUAAUAUAUUCACCCGUUAUUCAGAUGAACAGAUUUGUAUGUAUUGUACAGCAUACAGUUGUCACUGAUGGUUCCAGUCAGCUCCUCAUAUCCUAGUAAAUUAUGUGAUUUGUGGGCAUGGAGGUCGAGUGGAGCUUGCUAGUAAUAAGUGUAAAUAAUGGUACACAGUACAUCAGAGCAUGUUAAAGAGACAUAGCACUUUUCUUUGGAGCCAGUGUUUUUUUUUUUUUUUUUCUCAGAAAGCCCAAUGCAGGAUUCUUGGAGGGAUAAAAGGCCCUAAUCGGGGAUUUGAUAGGCAUAUUAAGCACAUGGAGAUGUUGAACCACUCAAGUGAACAUGCUGUUGCAGCAAAGUCUCGGCUUCGUACCAAUCUGAUCAACCCAGGGACAGAUAGAAUCUGAAACGCAUUAUGAAACAAACUGAGGUCUCAUAGGAAAAGAUUUUGGAUCAGAGUUCUCAAGACCAUCGCCAGCUUCUCAAUACAAAGACCAUUCUGAUGCCAAAAUUGGUUGGAGACCAAUUUAUAUUGAAGUUUUUUUUUAAGUAACUCAGUAGAUUUGUGUCUGUUUGAACCAUGACCAUGUGCUUUAAAAUGAAGAGGCGACUGUAAAAGCUUACGCAGUUCUUUGUUCUUCUAUGUGUAAAAAAAAAAAGAAAAAGAAAAAAAAAGUAGUUUAAAUUAGUAGGACAGAAGAGUAUCUUAUUUAUUUUU